CGAAUGAUAAUCUUUUCGGCUUACCGGAGAGAGACACACAGAAAGACUAUAGAGAAAGAGAGAGAAAGAAAGAAAGAAAGAACAGAGUGAGAGUGUAUGAUAAGAGAGAGAAAGAUAAAAAUGGAUCAAGAUGAGUGGUUGGGAACGCUAAGAUACGCCGGUAAGGCGCAGGAUAAAGUUUCCGUUGACGCUCUCAUGCUCCGGUACCGUCCCAUCGCUCCAAAGCCGACGACUGGUCAGUCAUGUGGUGUAGGAGAUAACAACAACUUAUACGGUAUGAGCAAACGAACCAAACGAAAGUACGUUAGGGUUUCGAAGAAUAAUAAAGGCACGUGUCGAGGUAAGAGCAGAUCUGACUUGUCUGAUAAUCGGGAACAAACUGAAGUCGUGACGUUGCAACUCUUGCCGGAAAAAUCAGAUAUUUCCGGUGAGUACUCGCCGUUGGAUCAGGAUAGUUUCGAUCCAUCGGUGAAAACGAUAAUCGGAGAGGAAACACAAGAAACCAACACGUGGGGUACGUUUAACGGCGGCGGCACAGCGGAGAUGGAGACGUGGGUGACGGUGGAGUCAGUCACAAGCGUUUGUGAUGGUAGUUUGAGUUCCCAUGCGGUGGGGUUUACGGACGUUGAGAUCGUUGAUAAUCUUGGUAAGGACACGUGUCCAGCGUUCGUAUCGGAUGGUUCGAACCGUGUGGUGUGGGUCAACGAGGCUUACCGGAGGAAUGUUUCCGGUGAUGAUUCAACGUCGGUGUCCCCGGAUGUUGUGGUGUGGUUGUUGGCGGAGGAGGCAACGGCGGUGAUGCAUUGUAACUACCAAGCUUUCACGUGUAGGGUGAGGAUGCAAUACACGUGGAAGGAAACAAAGUAUACAAAAACGGUGCCGUGUGAUGUGUGGAAAAUGGAGUUUGGUGGCUUUGCAUGGAGGCUAGACACAACAGCUGCUCUGACUCUCUGGCUUUGAUGGUGAUUGCUGCAAGAAACAUGAGGGUACGAUUAUUAAGCUAUGUGAUUUUAGAGUGUGUCUAAUACACAAAACUUUAUAAU